GGAAUACCAUCUAAAACGCAGGAAGAAACAAGAAUAACUAGACAACUCACAGAUAAAUGGAUGGGACCUGUGAAAAUAAUAUGUGUUAAACCUCAAAUAACUAUAGAUUGUCAAUCUGUAACAUUUGAGCAAUUUAUGGAAAAACAUUGGAACAAUGAGAAUAAGAAGAUAAAAACAAUAGAGACAGAAAAAGAACAACAGCAAGAGUUAAGAACCCAAAAACUAAAUAAUCAAAAUAUAAAGAAAGAGGAGGAGAUUCUUAAUCAGGAAAUGGGAAUAAAUGAGAUAAUAAAUAAUGUGAGUGGAUGGCCUAUAGAAAGACUAAAAAUUUUGUUAGAAUUAGUAGAACAAAAAGAAGAAUAG